AUGUCGUAUCUUGAAACUUCUAAAGAUGAUUCAAUUUCAUAUAAAACAGAUGGUAACAAUUCAGUGGUUUUAGAAACAGCUCCAAGUUCAGAAUCUUCUCAAGAUAUUGAUGCAAUUAAUUCAUCGAAUAUUAUUUCAUCUCCUCCUGGUUUACAAGAAUUACCCAGUUUACCAAAAACAAAUAUUUCAGGUCCAACUAUUUUACCAAUUAAUGCUGAUACUGCUACUUCAAAUACUGUAAGUCAUCAACAUCAUAAAGAACAAGAAAUGUUAUCAGGAUUUGCUAUACCUGCUCCUCCAAUAUCUACUCAACAAUCAAGUGUAGCAGCAGAAAGAGAAAGAGGUGGAGGUGAUACUACUUCAAGUAGUGGGAUUCUGGGAGAAAUUGAUCAUCCAAGAACUUUAUGGAUGGGAGAUCUUGAUCCUUGGUUAGAUGAACAAGGAAUUGUUGAAUUAUGGUGGAAAAUUUUACAAAAAAGAGUCGAUGUUAAAAUUAUAAAACCUAAAAGUUCUAAACCUGAUACAAAUUAUCAAGGUUUAUCUCAUUCAGGUUAUUGUUUUGUUGAAUUUGAAUCUUAUGAAGAUGCUCAAAAGGCUUUAGGAUUAAAUGGUCAAUUAUUACCAGAUAUUGCCAUGCCAUCUCAAAAACAUUUCCCAAAUAAUCCAGAUAAUCAAAAGAAAUAUUUUAGACUUAAUUGGGCAAGUGGAGCAACUUUAAAUGCUCCAAUUGUUCAAACUCCAGAAUAUUCAUUAUUUGUUGGAGAUUUAUCAGCUUCAACAACAGAAGCUCAUUUAUUAGCUUUCUUUCAAAAAAAAUAUCCUUCAUCAAUUAAAACAGUUAGAGUUAUGACUGAUCCAGUUUCUGGUAAAUCAAGAUGUUUUGGAUUUGUAAGAUUUACUGAUGAACUGGAAAGACAACGUGCUUUAACAGAAAUGAAUGGUGUUUGGUUUGGUGGUCGUCCUUUAAGAGUAGCUUUAGCUACACCUCGUACAACUGGUCGUAAAUUUGGUGGUGGCCCAUCAGAUGCUUCAAUAGAAAUGGGAGGUUAUUAUACUAAUAAUCCUGAUCCUCAACAAAAUAUGAUGUAUUUAGGUGGUCCUGGUACUCCAAGUGGUAUACCACCUCAACAAUCUCAACAACAAUUACAACCUCCACCUCAACAAUUAGGACAAUUAGGACAAUUAGUUACUCCAAAUCCAGGAGGUUCAGGACCAAAUUAUGGUCCUGGUCCAGGUGGUCCAUCACCAUUUGGAGCUUAUUAUGGAACCCCUCAAUUACCUCCACCUCAUGGUGUAGGUUCACCUUAUGAUCUUCAACAAGAAGGUAACAUUAAUUAUGAUGGACAAAUUAAAUCUCCUUUACCAUUACCAAUUCCUCCUGCUGCUGCAGCUGCUGUAGCUGCAGCUGCUAUACAAAAUCAAUCAUUCUCUGAUCCUAAUAAUACAACUGUAUUUGUAGGUGGAUUAUCAUCUGAAGUUAAUGAACCAACUCUCUUUACAUUAUUUAAACCAUUUGGUUUAAUUCAACAAGUAAAGAUUCCUCCAGGAAAGAAUUGUGGAUUUAUUAAAUAUUCAACUAGAGAAGAAGCUGAAGAAGCUAUUGCUGCAAUGCAAGGAUUUAUAAUUAGUGGUAAUCGAGUUAGAUUAAGUUGGGGAAGAGUUUCUUUAAACAAUAAGAAAUUUCAACAACAACAUCAACAAGUGGCACAAGCAGCUGCUGCUGCUUUAUCAAUGGGAUUAGAUCCUGCAAGUGCUAUGGCAGCAGCUGCGGCAGCAGCAGCAGGUGGGUAUGGACCUCCACCUCCUGGACCUCAUCAACUUGGAGGAGUUCCUCCUCCUCAUCAUGGACCUCCACCUUUAGGAAUUCAUACAGGACCUCCACCAAUGCCUCAUUCAGGUUCAUAUGGAUCUCAAGAUUAUGAUAUUAGUCAUAAUAGUGAUAAUUCAGGAUCUUAUGAUGAUUCAGGUAAUUCACCUCAAUAUUAUUUACAACUUGGAGGAUCGAAUUUAGGUGGAGUACCACCGCCUCAUCAUCUUGGUAGUCCAGGAACUCAUGAAGAUUUACAACGAGCCAUGAGAAAUCUUAAUCUUGAUAAUUCAGGAUCUAGUGGUGGAGGACCAAUUGAUGAUAGAGGUGGAGCAAAUUAUAUGAUUCCUCCCCCUAAUAUGUAUGGACCCUUUGGUAUGCCUGAUUUAUCAUAUCAACAAUUCAUUCCAAGUCAUAUGGGUCCUGCUUAUAAUAAUGGUAGUCCUUCACCAACAAGUACACCAUAUAAUGCCGAUUACAGCCAAAACCAGAGUCAAGGUCAAGAUCCAAAUGAUGGACCACCUCUUAAUGAAGAGGGUGAUGGAAAUCCAGAAGAUUCCGAAACUAAAGAAUAA